AUGGAAAAUAAUGCCCAUGUAACUAAGGAUCACCUGAAAUAUUUUCUCCCCUGCCCUUCAUUUGCAGAAGAAAGUCUGAAAUUGGGUAUGAAGCAACAAGAAAAUGUGGACAGCACAGUGGAGAGGGUGAAAUAUGAAGAACAUCCUGUUCAAAAGGGAUUGGAAGUCAAAGUAAGUGAAACCAAGAAGUACAAACCCAAAGAGAAACUCUUCCCAGACUCAAAGCUUUUCAGACAAUGGGGUGAGGGUCUUUCUGAGGUCCAGCAGAAAAAGGUCGAGAACCUUUUCUGGAAGUUUCAUUACAACAUUUACCUCAGUAACCAGUUGCCCCUUAAUUGCACUAUCCCAGACAUGUGAGAUUCCAGGUGUCUGUAGAAGACAUAUCCUACACAACUCCCAUCCCUGGGUGUCAUUCUCAUAUUUAUGAAUGAAGGUAUUACUGGCAUCAUCAACUGCACCACCUCUCAAUUGUUAAAGGAGAUCAUCUUGGUGGAUGAUUUUAGCUCAAAUGGAGAACUAAAGGCAUACUUGGAUAAGAAGAUCAAGCUUUACAACCAGAGGUAUCCAGGACGCCUGAAAAAAAUUAGGCAUACAAAGACAAAGGGUCUUGCUCAAGUAUGUAACACUGGCAGGAAAGUGGCUACAGCUGAUGUGAUUGUCAUCUUGGAUGCUCAUGUUGAAGUUAAUGUUGGAUGGGCAGAGCCCAUUUUGGCUCAGAUUCAGGAAGACUGCACCAUGAUUGUGUCUCCUAUGUUUGACAACAUUCAUUUUGACAGCUUCAAAUUGGAGAAGUAUGCACUGGCAGAUGAUGUUUGGGAACUAUGGUGCCAUUAUGAUCUUCUGCCAAAGGACUGGAUUAAUCUGCAUGAUGUCACUGCUCCAGUGAAGAGUCCUUACAUCAUGGGCAUCCUGGCUGCCAACAGGAUCUUCUUGGGAGAAAUUGGAACUCUGGAUGGUGGGAUGUUGGUAUAUGGAAAAGAGAAUGUGGAACUUAGCUUGAAGGUGUGGCAGUGUGGAGGGAGAUUUGAGAUCUUGCCCUAUUCCCAGAUUGCUCACCUAGAGAGACACCACAAGCCCUAUGCCUUGGAUCUGCAUCUUGCCUUGAAGUGCAGUGCUCUGCGAUUGGCUGAUAUCUGAAUGGAUGAGUACAAAUACAUGGUCUACUUGGCCUGGAACAUACCUCUCCAGAAACACUCCAUGUUUUAUUUAUAAAACCCUGGAAUCGAUUUUGGAGACAUUUCUUUCAGAAUGGCACUCCGGAAAAAACUGAAAUGUAAAACUUUUGACUGGUAUCUGAAAUAUGUUUAUCCAAGCCUGAAGCCAAUUCACAACAUUGUGGGCUAUGAAAGAAUGAAAAACACAUUAGAUGAAAAUAUCUGUCUGUAUCAGGAACUUGUUUCAGCCAACACCCCCAUAAUGUAUUACUGUUGUGAAUACAGUACACAGAAUGUCUACUAUCACCUAACUGGGGAGUUCUAUGUGGGGCCACUGAUUGCAGAGGCAGAUACUGAUGAUCACUGCCUGACAGACCCUGGCAAUGGGGUGAAGCCUACUUUAGAGCCAUGUUCCAAAGCAGCCCAAAAUUGACUGCACAUACAUUGGGAAUUUAAGCCGGGAAGGGCUGUUGUGAACAAAGCCACCAAGCGAUGUCUGGAGAUGAAGAAAGACACUUCAGGGAUCGAUGUGCUGUGCCUCAGACCUGCACCCACAGUGUGGACAAUACAGUAUACUGUGCGAAACUGGGGGUCAAACUAA